AUGUCUUCUGCCAUGAAGCGACCUGCAGAAGAUGAAAAAGAGCCACCUGCUAAGGCGCCUCGAACAUUGCCCCCCAUUGGAAAGGUAGCUGAUGAAGAGAAGCAUGUCUUCAUUUCUGUGGAGGAUUCUGCUGAGAAGAUUGAGAAGCUGUUUGAAGGAGACCAUGACGUUGUAUUCAUCCGCGGUGGCGUGGCCAUCGGCAAGACCACAUUGGCAGAGCAUUUGGGCCGCUCUGAGAAGUAUGUGAAUGUGCCCUUCACUGAACAUGGUCUUGACGAUGCUUGGAGGGUGAGCACAGUGGAAGCCGUGGAACACGCAACAGGCAAAGUUGACGGAGAUGGUUCAGCUUUCCGGAAUGCGCUGAAGCAAGCCAAAGACAACAACUUGACCCUGAUUUAUGAUGAAGCUCACACACUGUUCCUCUCUCCAGACCUAUGCUCAGCCCUAUUCAAAGCAAGCGUUCACUAUCGACCACGGGUCUUGCUGUUCUCAGCGUCAGGUGAUGCUUCAAACACAUCAGGCCUCGCCAUGACAACGCCAAGUGAAAUCACCCAAAAAUUCAUGUGGACACCACCUCUACCCUGCAGUCCAGACCUGAAAGGACAGCUGGAGGAAAGUGGCGUCAAGCUGGACGAAGAGAGCAUCGACUUCUUCGCCAGCUUCUGUGGUGGGCAUCGAGGCAUUUUCAUGGCUGCGAUGCACUGGGUGAAGAGCAAGCAGACGAGUGGUGAACGCUGGAAUGUCAAUAAGACGGUGGGGGUUGUGCGGAAUAGCUAUAGCCAUGGACAGUGGGAUUGUAGCGACACCGAGAUUCUGGGCGCUCUGAAAGAGAGCCGUGCCGUGAAAGUCAAUGGACGAUACAGCUCUGUUGAACAUACGCCAAAAGAGUUUGUAGAGCUCUUGUGUGCAGGGGCACGGCCCAUCGGACAAGACAUUCGGAGAGAGCUCACCAUCAACGGCUUCGUGCUUCCAAAAUAUGACAGCGCAGAAGAGCUUCAGAAGCUGAAUUGGACCAAUGACGACCUGCAUUACAAGGUGGCGAACCCUUUGCUUGCCGCGUACUACCGCUUCCAACUGCAGAAGACCUGUGGCUUACAGCUUCAGAUCUGGCCCAGCAGUCCCGAAAACUGUGCAGACUUACUGAUGCGAGCAUUGCCCUACCUGUUCUUCUCCAAGGUCGUGAGCUUCGAAGGAGAUGUAUCUCAGUUGGCGAAGAGCGGUCUCCCACACGAGCAACAGUAUAACCAAGCCAUCCUCAGUGUGUUGACGGAAAUCGGCUACAAGCCCUUUGCUCCACAAUCGUCUCAGCAGGGAGCAGGGAAACCAGACCUUAUGGUCAGCAUUGGCGAGGAGACCUUUGCUUUAGAUGGCAUGAAGCAAAACAUCCAAGAGCACCUUAGGCGCUUCAAUAGCAUGACGAACUACAAGAACGCCAAACACAAGGGUCUCUAUAUCAUCGGCAACGACAAUGCGAGGAUGCUCGAGACCUGUCGCAACACUGAAGCUGGUGAUGUGCAAAUCAUAGGCUUGGUCCCCAACAUCGCCCACACCGCCUACACCGUUCACGUGAAGACCAAGGGCAUGAGAAGCAUCAACACCUUCAGGGUGGACUGCGACCUCGUGGCAAGGAGGCUGGUGCUCAAGGACGACGGCGAGCCUGAGCUCUACAGUGUGCAAUCGCUGAAGAGCGUCAACCUGUUUACAAAAGCUCAGAGCAGCCCAUCUGCCGGAUCUGCAGGCGCGACCUCAAUCUCAUCCGUCUGGGUGCGGGAGCUGAUCCGCAAGGAUCGGACGGUCACGGACAAGCUGAGGCCCGAGGAGGAGUUCGAGCCGACGGGCAAUGCCUUCAAAGUGAAAGGAGCAUUGGCUGACGUGGAUGACUUGAAGAAGGCAAUCAAAGCGGAAGAGGAACUGUCCAUCGCAGCAUCCAAGAUUAGUGUAUACAGCCUGAAGGACAAGGCCUGGGUGAAGGAAGAAAAGAUGUCAGCAAGUCUGCGCGGCACAACUGAGGCUGAUUGCUAUGGGUUCGUGGUGCCACCGGCGGACGACGUAUAA